UCUCACUUCUACGCUUAUUCAUUCCCCCCACUCGCAAGCGAAUCCUAUGCCGCGUACGAUUUACAUUGUGCGCCACGCAGAGCGCCUUGAUCUCGUCGACGCAACGUGGAUUCCGGCCGCAGCCAGGCCAUGGGAUCCGCCGGUGAGCGAGCACGGGCUGCGGCAGGCCAGGCACACCGGGUCACGCCUCGCCAGAUACCCCGUCGCCCGAGUGUUCACGUCGCCGUUCCUGCGAUGCAUGCAGACGGCUGCGGAGAUUGUCGCGGGCAUGGCUGGCGACGAGUCGCUGGCGUCGCAGGUCCUCGUCAACGUCGAGCACGGUCUCGCUGAAUUCAUGUGCAAGGCCUGGUUUGAGGCAAAGCCCGAGAUGCUCAGCCUCGAAGACAUGGUCGCGCAAGUCCCCACAAUGAACCUCGAAUACCAGUCACAGAUGUCAUUCUUCUACCCGGAAACGAUCGAGAUGAUGAGUCGACGCUACCAGCGGUGCAUACGGAACAUUGUGGCACUCCUCGGGCCGGACGAGCACUGCGUGAUUGUCACGCACGGCUACGGCGUGCAGUUUAUUGUGGAGGACUUGGAUCCCAGCGCAGUGGUCAUGGAGACGCCGUACUCUUGCAUUUCGGUCGUGACGGAAAAGCCGAACGCCCCCGGCAAGUUUACCGCAAGGCUUGUAGCCGACGCAUCCCACCUCGAGAAGGUCAAUAGCAGCAGACAUGCCCCAUCCACCCACGAAGUUGCGAGCAAGCCAGUUCUUGCGUAGAGGGUUGGCGGCUGUCGUCACACUUUGUACAUUGUUUUGUUUGGUAAAAGGUCCUUCCUUCAGAUUGAACGGACAGGCCUUUGAUUUUUGUUUGUUUAACGUUUGAAAUACAUUUGUCCAAUUCAAA